CCUGCAUCUGUUGUGAUAUAUAAGUGCUCAGUUGAAUUUUGGAAAGUUAGCAAUACCAGCAAACAGUGCAAGACAAGAAAAUGCUGAACUAUUUCAAGAUAUUUUCAAGGACCUGUGGUUUCAAGCCACACCAGAAUUCAUUGGCGCAAUGCUUCAGAGCAUUGAGCUCAUCAAGCUCUAAGUACAGUCAGGGUGCUCCUGUAACUCCUGUGCCUGAGAUUACAGAGAAAUAUCCCCAUCUCAAAACCCACAAAGACAUCUAUGACUUCAGCCUAGAAAAUCCAUCAGAGUUCUGGGGUGAAAUAGCCAAGUCAUACCUCCAAUGGAUGGAGCCUUUUCACACUGUCUCAAACUGUGACCUGCCAAAUGGGAAAAUCUCCUGGUUUGAAGGUGGAAAGCUCAAUGCAUCUGUGAACUGCGUGGACCGGCACAUGCGCUCCAUCCCCGAUCAGACUGCGCUCAUCUGGGAGCGCGACGAGCCGGGCACCGAGCAGCGCAUCACCUACCGGCAGCUGUACGACCAGGUGGGCCGGCUGGCCUCCGCACUGCUCCAGCACGGCGUGCGGCGCGGAGACCGGGUGGCCAUCUACAUGCCCACCUCGCCGGCAGCCGCCGUUGCCAUGCUGGCGUGCGCGCGCAUCGGCGCCGUCCACUCGGUGGUCUUUGCCGGCUUCAGCGCGCAGGCGCUCGCCAGCCGCGUGCUCGAUGCCGGCGCGGAGACCAUCAUCACCAGCGACCAGGCAGUGCGCGGCGGCAAGGUGAUCGAACUGAAGCGCAUUGUCGAUGACGCCGUGCGGGAGUGCCCGUCUGUCAAACGGGUGUUUGUGGCUACAAGGACCGGCGCAGAGGUGCCUCGCUCCGGUAUCGACAUACCGAUGGAAGAGGCGAUGGAGGCGGCCCCCGCCGAGUGUGAGCCCGCCGCCAUGGACGCUGAGGACUUCCUCUACAUGCUGUACACCUCCGGCAGCACCGGCAAGCCCAAGGGCCUGGUGCACAGCGUCGCCGGGUACCUGCUCUACUGCAUGUUCACGCAAAAGCAAGUGUUUGACCUGCGGCCUGGCGACGUGUUCGGCUGUGUGGCCGACAUCGGCUGGAUCACCGGUCACAGUCACGUGGUGUACGGCCCGCUGGCCACCGGCGGCACGGCCAUCAUGUUCGAGAGCACGCCCGUCUACCCGGACCCAGGCCGGUACUGGGAGAUGGUGCAGCGGCUGCGUCCGACCCACUUUUACGGCGCGCCCACGGCACUGAGGCUGCUGCUCAAACACGGAGACAGCUGGGUCACAAAGUAUGAUCGCUCCUCCCUGCGCGUGCUGGGCUGUGUGGGUGAGCCGCUGAACCACGAGGCGUGGCAGUGGUACAACGAUGUGGUCGGCGACAAACGCUGCUCCGUCAUCGACACAUGGUGGCAGACCGAGACGGGCGGUGUGUGCCUGGCUCCGCGUCCGUCGGCCGAGGGUGCCGAGAUCCGGCCCGGCAUGCCGAUGCGGCCCAUGUACGGCAUCGAGCCCGUCCUACUGGACGAAAAGAACAAUGAGAUCUCUGGCGAGGACGUGAUGGGAGCGCUGUGCCUCAAACGGCCGUGGCCAGGCAUGGCGCGGACUAUCUACGGCUCCCACCAGCGCUACGUCGAGACCUACCUGAAGCCGAUGCCGGGAUACUACUUCACCGGAGACGGCGCACACAGACACCCCGGCGGCUAUUACCAGAUCACCGGCCGCAUGGAUGACGUCAUCAACGUAACCGGUCACCGGCUGGGCACCGCCGAGGUCGAGGAUGUUAUGGACGAGUACGAGCCGGUGGCCGAGACGGCUGUGGUCGGAUUUCCGCACGAGCUCAAGGGCGAGGGUCUGUACGCGUUCAUCAUCAUGAAGAACGACGUCACGGUGACUGACCAGGAGGUCAAGGACACGCUGAAGGGGCUCAUCAGGAACAACAUCGCCGGAUACGCCGUGCCCGAUCACAUGCUGAUCGUGCCCGGUCUGCCCAAGACGCGCUCCGGCAAGAUUAUGCGGCGAAUUCUGCGCAAGAUCGCGGCCAACCAGCCGGACGACCUGGGCGACAUCUCGACGCUGCAGGACCCCUCGAUUGUGGAGCAGAUCGUCCAGCUGCACCGCCAGCAGGUUCAGUAGUAUCGCAACAUCAGGCGGCGCCAGGAUAGGAGGGGAAGAAGUGCGACCAUAGGUCCCACUGGGUCGCCAAGUAGGGGGCUUUCCAGUGGCCCGCCAACGCAGAUGAGUCUGAGAUCAUUCCAGUUUGGUCGAUGUGCUAGGAAUCGAGCUGUAUGAAUUGUGUAUAGUCCGGAAAGGGUACAGAGGUGGUGUAAGUAGAUGCUAUGCGUAAUGCGUAGUACAGCUGGGAAGGGUGAGUGUGCGCCAGUGUCUUAGCCAGGGACCAAGGUGUAUGCAUGGCGCCAUGUGCUGUCCGUUUCUAGGUGUUGUGUGAGUUUUAGCAUCAGUCAAUUGUGUCGCACUACGAGUGUUUUACAGGUUCUAUUACUUAGCACAGAGACAAUAUUGGUUAUGGAUAGUGUUUGUACCGCUUCAUAUGUAUACUAUGCAGCAUGCGGUACUGCUUCCACGUCCAGUCAAUAUUUGCGCCGCCCAAAUAUUCGUCCAAUGCCUUCUCAUGUCCUGCCGUCCCGACUUCUUCAGACGCCGGCUGGUACCUGCUCGAAAGGACCAAACUCUUUGGUCACCUUGCCAGUAGAGGCGUGGACCACAUUUCAACUCACAGUACAAACAUUGCACGCCCAUGUACAAAUCAGCAUCCAGUUGUCUUCCAUGGGGGUCAUAUUCAGCCCUGAACUCAAAGUCUCUAAGUCCGGGCGGGAGGUUCAUAUUGUUCGUCAAACGAAAUGGUUCAAAUGGUCGGAAAUAGUCAAAGCUGGUCCAACUCUGAGUUGGGCUCGUGAGGCUAGGUCAGCCUCAGCUGUUUACAGCUAGGGCAGGUCAAACGAGGUCGCUGGCAGGUCACGUCCUGUUUACUAACCUGCCGACCUUCCAACGAUUCCCGCCUACCUUUGUGAUGUCGAAGAGCAGGGCCGCUCUGUCCAAUCGUUUACACAAAAUAGUGUGAAGUGAAGCGAUAAUAAUGCAGUGGUGCCAUUCCGUCGUCCAGUAGCAGUGUACGCCGUAUUUACUAAUGUCACACCACGGCCGACUGCCGAGCUCGGUUUAGACGCGUGUGUGGGGGAGGUCGUCGGAGGGUGUGAUCAUCCGUCUGACUCGAUUCGCGGACAGUGUGUCUCUGUGUGUUGGAUAGCUUCAGACUAACAGGGAUGGCCAGGUGGCCGCAUAACGUAUUUACGUGACAAUACAGUGUCUUUGCCAUAUUA